AUGACACACAGCAGCAUCAUGGUGGAUGUAGGCAAGUGGCCAAUAUUUACCUUACUGUCACCUCAAGAAAUAGCAUCUAUUCGGAAAGCGUGUGUAUUUGGUACAUCAGCCAAUGAAGCUAUAUACAUAACGCACAAUGAUGAGGUAUUUGUCUUUGGACUGAAUUGCAGCAAUUGUUUGGGGACUGGAGAUAAUCAGAGCACAAUAGUACCAAAGAAAUUAGAAGCCUUAUGUGGAAAGAAGAUUUCCAGUCUCAGUUAUGGAAGUGGACCCCAUGUUGUACUUUGCACUGAAGAUGGUGAAGUAUACGCUUGGGGACAUAAUGGUUACAGCCAACUUGGCAACGGCACAACCAAUCAGGGCAUUACUCCUGUUCAAGUUUGCACAAAUCUGUUAAUAAAGAAAGUGGUGGAAGUAGCUUGUGGCUCUCAUCAUUCCAUGGCGCUGUCGUUUGAUGGGGAUCUGUAUGCUUGGGGCUAUAAUAACUGUGGUCAAGUUGGAUCUGGAUCUACAGCAAACCAGCCAACUCCUCGUAGAGUUUCGAACUGUUUACAGGGUAAAAUGGUGGUUGGCAUUGCUUGUGGUCAGACCUCCUCCAUGGCUGUAGUAAGUAACGGUGAGGUUUAUGGCUGGGGUUACAAUGGAAAUGGUCAGCUAGGUCUUGGAAACAAUGGCAAUCAACUAACGCCAUGCAGAGUGGCAGCACUACAUGGUGUGUGUAUACUCCAGAUUGCCUGUGGCUAUGCGCACACACUAGCACUAACAGAUGAGGGUUUGCUCUAUGCCUGGGGAGCUAACACUUACGGGCAGCUGGGAACUGGCAAUAAAAGUAACCAGCUAAGCCCGGUGCAGAUCAUGAUGGAAAAAGAAAGGGUAGUGGAGAUCGCAGCCUGCCACUCUGCUCACACGUCGGCUGCCAAGACCCAGAGCGGCCAGGUGUACAUGUGGGGCCAGUGCCGUGGGCAGUCCGUGAUCCUUCCCCACCUCACUCACUUUGCCUGCACUGACGAUGUGUUUGCUUGCUUUGCUACCCCUGCUGUUAUGUGGCGUCUUCUGUCAGUAGAGCAUGAAGACUUUUUAACAGUAGCAGAGUCUCUGAAGAAAGAGUUUGACAGCCCAGAAACCUCAGACCUAAAGUUCCGUGUGGAUGGAAAGUACAUCCAUGUCCACAAAGCUGUUCUGAAAAUCAGGUGUGAACACUUCAGAACCAUGUUCCAGUCAUACUGGAAUGAGGAUAUGAAGGAAGUGAUAGAAAUAGACCAGUUUUCUUAUCCUGUGUAUCGUGCCUUUCUUGAGUACUUGUAUACAGACAGUGUUGACCUUCCGCCUGAAGAUGCAAUAGGGCUUUUGGAUUUGGCUACUUCAUACUGUGAAAAUAGACUGAAAAAACUGUGUCAGCACAUUAUCAAGAGAGGAAUUACUGUGGAAAAUGCAUUUUCAUUGCUCUCUGCUGCUGUCAGAUAUGAUGCAGAGGACUUAGAGGAAUUCUGCUUUAAGUUUUGUGUCAAUCAUUUGACGGAAGUGACACAAACUACAGCAUUUUGGCAAAUGGAUGGUCCCCUGCUAAAGGAAUUCAUUGCUAAAGCCAGUAAAUGCGGAGCCUUUAAGAACUGA